AUGGGCGGCGGGAGGAAGCGGCGGCGGCAACGCGACUGCUCGGAUGCGCCGCCGACGAUGCACCCGCGCAACCGCUACGCCUCCUCGGCGCCGGACUUCGCGGCGCUGGCGGCGCUCUACCCCUCCUUCGCGCCCUUCGUCUCCGUGUCCGCGUCCGCAGGGGGAGGCCGCGCCACCGUCGACUUCACCGACUUCGCGGCCACGCGGGAGCUCACGCGCGUCCUCCUCCUCCACGACCACGGCGUCAACUGGUGGAUUCCAGAUGGGCAGCUUUGUCCUACUGUUCCAAACAGAUCCAACUACAUCCAUUGGAUUGAGGAUCUCCUCUCGUCCGAUCUCAUACCACGAAUAUCCAACUCAAGUGAGACAGUGAGGGGUUUUGACAUAGGCACGGGUGCUAAUUGCAUUUAUCCUCUCCUCGGAGCAUCAUUACUGGGCUGGAGCUUUGUUGGAUCUGAGGUUACUGAUGUUGCUCUUGAAUGGGCUAAGAAGAAUGUGGAGAGCAAUCCACAUCUAGCAGGUCUAAUUGAGAUCAGAAAUGCAAAUGAAGUACCCUGUUCUUCCAAGUCUGAAACAGUUGCUGAGGAAGCAGUCAGGGAGAGCACUUCAGAGCCAGUGGAGAAUGUGGUGCGAUCAAUACCACCUAUUCUUGUGGGUGUUGUGAAGGAUAGUGAGAUCUUUGACUUCUGUAUGUGCAAUCCACCUUUCUUUGAGAGUAUGGAGGAAGCUGGCCUUAAUCCAAAAACUUCUUGUGCUGGAACUGCUGAAGAGAUGGCUUGCCCUGGUGGUGAGCAGGCCUUUAUAACACUGAUAAUCGAAGACAGUGCUUCCCUUAAGAACUCUUUCAGGUGGUUUACGUCAAUGGUUGGCAGAAAAGCAAAUCUAAAAUUAUUAGUAUCGAAAGCCCGUGCAGUUGGGGCCUCAGUUGUGAAAACUACCGAGUUUGUGCAAGGACAAACAGCUAGAUGGGGCCUUGCAUGGUCAUUCAUUGCUCCAAGAAAAAUGGUUGUAAGAUCCAGUAUACCAGGAAAAGUCCACUAUUCUUUCAUGCUUCAGGGUCUUCAUCGCGGAAAUGGUGCAUUUCAGGUGUUGAAGUCAGCUGAGGCAUUUUUCUGUGCAUCUAAUCUAUCAUGUAAAACUGAUUCUCUGUCAUUUUCUAUUGACGUUACAUUGUCAGAUGAGCAGACUGAGGCUGCAAUAUUAGAUGGUGAUGACCUUCCUGGUUCUAUUGAAGACAACUCUACAAAGCUCCAUAGCACUGUUACAGGGGCAUCCUUCCGUAUUUCGGUGUUUGAACAGAUGCCCGGCACACUGCUAAUCAGAGGUUCAUUAUUGAAUAAAUCAGUCUCAGGUACGUUCUCAUCAUUGUUCUCGCAGCUGGAGGAAACACUAAAGCUGGAAUUCGUCAGUAAGGCCCGGUAGUUCAAGGCCAUCCAUCCAUCCACCCUUAAACUAAGCAUGAACAAGGCUAUGAUAAUCUCCUGGUGAUCUCCACUUGUUUGAACUCUUUUGGACGCCAAGAUAUGUGAAGCGUGGGCAUCAUGAGACAGCAAUGGCCCCAGCUGGUAGCCACAAGCAAGCAGAGGUUCUGUCUGAGCUUGUGGUUGAAGGCAACCUGCACUACACCAAAUUCCAUCUUUUGGGCUGAUGCUUAUUACGAGCAUGUUACUGUCACGUUGCCUAUCCAGGUCUCGAAAACGACUGGACGAAGCGGUUCGAGAACCUUGCUUUGUUCCUUCCAGAUUCUGCAGCGACAUCCACCCCUUUGUUUUGUAACAGUGUCUACGAUGCUUUUGGAAAUACAUCGCGUCUGGCUGCAGUGCGGGUGCUGUCAUUUUUAUCUGACGUGUUUCGGAGACAUUGCAUUUUUGACGGUAUGGCAGCUGAUUUUGAGAAGCAUCUUUUAGUUAUUGGAUAUGUUCACUUUC